UUAGCUGGACAGUUUGAGUUGCUGUAGCAUAUGAAUGUAUUUGCUUUCCCGAUAUUGAAGAGCCUUUGGAUGACAUGAUUGUGCAUUUCGUAUAGGAGGAUUCUUUCGUUUCAAACCAUUUCCGCAAAAGUCCUGUCCUGCAUUUAGUGCUGAAUAGGCAUUGCGCUUUGGACUGCCUGCUACAGAAGGAUUGCAGGCUGGUGGACCUCUGAGGGUUAUUCUUUGUGAUUGCGUUCCUUAGCGUGUUGAUGCUCACGCUGCUGAGGACUGUGGGAUUGAGAGCGUUCUCCAUGGCGUCCGAGACCUACAUGUCGGGCACACACUCUGCUGCCUUUGUCACCUGCCCCAACGAACAGGUGGCCAAAGAUCUGGCCAGGGGAAUCGUUGAGAAGAAGCUGGCUGCUUGUGUCAACAUCGUCCCCCAAAUCACAUCUGUAUAUGAGUGGCAGGGGAAGAUCCAGGAGGAUGGUGAAGUUUUGCUGAUGAUAAAGACCAGAAGUUCUAAGGUUGCAUCUCUGGCAGAAUAUGUUAGGUCCAACCACCCAUAUGAAGUAGCAGAGGUCAUCAGCCUACCCAUAGAGCAGGGCAACCCACCCUACCUCAAGUGGCUUGGUGACACUGUACCAGAAUGAUGGGUGGAUGGAAAGAGGAAGGGAUGGGUGGAUGGAGAGAGGAAGGGAUGGGUGGAUGGAGAGAGGAAGGGAUGGGUGGAUGGAGAGAGGAAGGGUUGGGUGGAUGGAGAGAGGAAGGGGUGGGUGGAUGGAGAGAGGAAGGGGUGGGUGGAUGGAGAGAGGAAGGGGUGGGUGGAUGGAGAGAGGAAGGGGUGGGUGGAUGGAGAGAGGAAGGGCUGGGUGGAUGGAGAGAGGAAGGGAUGGGUGGAAUUUAUUUGGAAUAAUAAAAUCUGCAGAAAUGUGACUAAAAGUUAUUUUUACUGUUUCAGUGUUGUCCUGGUUUUGACCAAUAGAGGGAUGCAGUGAAAGGUGUCUAUCUACAGUCAGGUCCAAAAUGAUUGGCACCCUUGAUAAAGAUGAGAAAAAAGUCUGUAUAAAAAAUAAAUACUACUAGUACUGAG